GGGCGAUCUUUUGAUGGCAUGCAAUAAUAUCGACGACACAUGUUUGACCCGGAUCACCAGAGUCUCUGCGGCGGAGGCAGCGCACCUCCCAGUUCGCCCAUGACCAACCCGCGCAUCUCCUUCUCCGGCGACUUCCUGAUGGAGGUGCCGGCGGCGAGGGCCCCGGCCGGCCCGCCGCCGGACCCCAACUUCGAGUUCUUGGUCGGCAGCCACCCGAUGAUCACCGCCGACCAGCUUUUCUCCAAAGGCAGGCUGCUGCCGCUCAAGGACCCAUACGGCUCAGGCUCCAGCGGCCGCGCUGGCGGCGGCCUCACCACUCUCCGCGACGAGCUCCGCGAAAAAGACUCCGCCGGAGGAGUCGCCGCCUCCGCGUACGGCAGGGAGCGGCCGCCCAAGGGCGCCACGUCCAUCAAGUGGAAGGAGCUUCUCGGACUGAAGAAGCCGCGUGGCUCCGCAUUGAAGAAGAUGGAUAAAAGCGAAGGCGGUGCAGGGGAUGCAGAUGCGCGUCUCGGCAAGGCAAUGCAGGAACUAUGAGGAUACGCAUGCAAACACACAAAAGCUAGCUCCAUCCGGACGCUGCGACAUCGGCAAAACAGUUGAUCAAUGACACUAAUCUAGCUAGCUAGCUAGCCACAUAUCAACAUUUUCUCUCUUUUAAUUUCUUUUUCCCUCCAUCUUUAUGUUGGUGUUUUGUUUGUUCAUCGAGAUGGGGGGCGGCGCCGCUUCACUUAAUUUUAAGUAACUGGAACUUUUUCAUCUUUUUCAAUUCCUAGACGUCAGUGGUUUGUUUGUCUGUAAGAAUUAGCUUGGAUGGCAUUAAACUUUCUCGUUGAUCUGUGUAAUUG